AUGCACAACCUCCCUUCUCACUGCCACCCUCUCCUCAUCGCCAAGACCCUCUCCAACCUAACCUUCGCGGAGAUAGCCACCCAGAUCGACAAACCGGAAGUAUGGACUGCAUCCCUGUUCUAUGGGCAAGCAGUAACUGAUGAAGAAACAGCAGAAAACCUUUACAAGGUUCUAGGGGAGAACUCAUUCAUCGCUGAAUACAACCAUAAUUACCUUAAGUCACCGGGAGCGAAACUGACCAAGGAGAAAUUCAUCAAUGGGUUGAUUGGAAGAUCUGAGAGCUCUUUGGGUGUUAAGGGGUUGGUAGACAGAGAGAAAGGAAUGGAGAUGCCUCCUAAGGACCCGGUUUUGUAUAGAUUGUACGAAGUUUUGCUAGUUUAUGGAUACUCUUACAAGGCCAUCAUCCAAGAGAAGUUCGGUGACGGUAUCAUGUCAGCAAUCGAUUUCAGAACUUCCGUAGAAAGGAAGCCAGAUCCGAAAGGUGAUAGAGUAGUAAUCACCAUGGAUGGAAAAUUCUUAUCUUACUCUUCGCCUGAAGCUUGGAAAGGAUAA